UACGGAUCGGAGUUAGGUCAAGUGAAGUGACAAACGACUGACAGGAAGUCUUGUAAAUUAUCAGUUCUUGGUUCUACGUUCAUUAGAUUGUUUAUUCAUAUUAUUGGCACUUUUUUGUUUUUAUUGGAUUACUUAUUAUUUUACUUACUAUAUUACAUUUCGAAAAUGUAAGUGGGGCAUUGCAAGAUUUUGUAUUAGUUUUUGCCUGGUUUCUUUUACAGUCAACAGACAAUGUAGAAAAUCACAUCAGUAACCUUUUUUGCCUUAGGAAAAGUGACUUAGAGGUUAGACCCCUAUGGGGGUCUAGACUAUUCAAAAAUGUUUUAUUUACCGAAAAUAUUUCCAGCCUCAAGUAAAGUUUUUAAUAAGAAAUCAAUAAAAGUAUGUUGCUGGUUUCUACGCUACAAAUUUACCUCUAGUGGCAUCUUCAAGACUCAUUACGAGAUUCUUAAUGUGUCAAAAAACAGUUCCUCAAAAGAGAUCAGAGAAGCUUUCAUAACCCUUUCUAAACAGUAUCAUCCUGACAAAAACAAAGACAACCCCAAAGCUCAAGAACAAUUUGUAAAAUUAAAUGAAGCUUAUAAUGUUUUAAUUAAGCCUGAAAGUCGAAGGGAUUAUGAUAUAUCUUUGGAACAACAUUACGGUUACAAUUCCACCAGAGAUGAAUUCCAUCAAGCACAUCAAUAUGAUCCACAAUAUCGAGACCCAUGGAAGGACCCCUCUUUUGCGAGAAACAGAAAUUUUUCGGCAGAAAAUGACAACUAUUAUGGAGUGAAAGGACUAAAAAAGCAGACUAAUGACAGAAUUUUGUUUUGGAUAUUUAUAUUCUUUUCAGCUGGCCUCUUUCUUCAGAUAAGUUUAAUAAGGUUUGCACAUAUAAGGAACUUAGACAACUUACAGAGGCACAGUGAUGCAAACCGACAAUACUUGGAGUAUGUGAGGGCAAGAGCAGACUCAUAUGGAACAAGAGAACGACAAAUUGAGGAAUAUAAACGGCGCAUGGGUUAUGUUGAUCCAGAAAAUUAGUUUCAUAUGAUCUUGUGAUAAUGAGUAAUUAAUUAAUUAAAGUGAAAAUUUGAUCAAUA